AUGAAAACGGCAAAUAAGAAGCAAGAAGCGACAUCUGGCGUACAGCCGAGAUUGGUAGAUGUGAGUGCGGAAGUCAUGGAGGCAACGAAUGAGAAGUCAGCACGGAGAAAACGUCCAAUAGCAACGCAAGAGAGGCCCAAGAAAUAUAGCGACAAAAGAAGUAAGGAGCAUGCGCGCAGCAAGAGAGUAAGGGAAGAAUCCAGCGAAGGGGAAGAAACCCAGUUAGAAGAAAACCAAGCGAAAGCGAAGCAGUUAGAAGCGAAGAAAGUUAAACCAGUAAUAAAGACUGUGAAAAUAGUCGAAAAAGUGAACAUUAUAGUUAGAGACGAUAAGGAUAUAGGUGCGAAUAGCGAUAAUAACGUAAAUAUUGAGUACAGGCGUGAUCAAGAUAAAAAUAGAUUCAAAAUGUCUAUUCCUCAUCGCGCAGAGGAGAGAGUAGAAGUCGUAAAAGACUGGGAUCUUCCAUUGGAAGACUUGAGAGAGGAGAUAGAGCCAGGACAAGGCGUUAUAUCGAUUGAGAGGCUAAAGAAAAGAGUCAGAGUUGAAAAAAAGUUUGAGAUGAGAGAUUCUCACCUUACACUAGUAACAUUCGCGGGAUGCAGUCUGCCGACGAAACUGAUAGUUAUGGGAGAAGUCGGCCUGAAUAUAACACCGUUCGUACGCAAUAUAAGACAAUGUUACAACUGCUUGAAAUUGGGGCAUAUUAAAAAAUGGUGUAGGAGCAACACUAAAAGGUGUUUCAAUUGUGGCGAUUCAUUCCAUAGCGAUUGCAAUAGAGAAGCCAAGUGCAUAAACUGCGAAGAAGGUCACGGGGCACUAAAUAGAGACUGCCCUUACGCAGUCUUAGAGAAGGCCAUUAACAAACUUAUGGCUUACAAAAACGUAUCAUUCCAAGAGGCUAAGCAACAACCCAUGCUUGAACUGGGUUUUGUUGACAAACGUUUGAAAUACAGGGAAUCAGACGAAAAGGAGGAGUUUUACAGAGAUAACAAAGAGUUUCCUUCGUUAAACAGAUUCAAAAAGAAAAAAGUGAUAGUGGAAAAAUGGGAGGACCAACCGUGCGAGCUACGACAUCCAUUCUGGAAACACAUAAAACCCAGACACCAGACAAGAAACGACAAUAACAAAGCAAACAACUAUAGAUUAGAAAUGCAGAACAGAUUUGAAGCACUAAGUGGAGAAGAGGACCAAGGAGACGAUGCAAGAUAUUCAAGGAGGGAAGAGGUAACCUACGCUGAUAAAGUAAAGGCAAACAAUAAGAGUAUUAGAAGUAGCCCAAACAAGGAAAAAACCAUGGAUCAAGGGAAAAAAGGUAAUCAUUCAGAUUAUGAUAUUGAACAAUUACUACAGUGGAUUAGAGAAGAGGAACUGGAGGACGUAGUAUUGAGGAAAUUAAAAAAAAAGAGGCAGAUACAGCCAGGAACAAUUAGAAAACACGUGGGGAAAGAUAGAUUCCAACUUGAAAAGGCUAGACAGGAAUGUACAGAGGCAAAUUAG